UAAAUGCUGAGUUUAUGUACACCAUAUGUUUAUGUCAUCAUUACUAUAAAAAUAGUUUUCUUAAUAUUAUUGUAGGGAAACUACAGAAAUCAUAGUACAAGUAAAGUCCAUAUACAAAUGCUGUAAACAAAACCCCUGUCGUUUAAAAACACUUCAAGUGUCUGAAUGUCUGUGUGUUUAUCAGUGUGUGUCAGAGAUGCCAAGGGUUGACUAAUCCAAAGAGUGAGACUUCCAGCCCCAAAGAGUGAGGUUUCUAGGCCAAAGAGUGAGACUUUCCAGCUGGUGUGCUGUGUCCUUGCUUAAGGCAGGGCCUCUCAUCUCUGGUCCUUUGGGACACCCAACGGUCCAUCUUUUAAAUCCAACUAGCACUUAAACCCUCGGGUGGGCUGGACCGAGUGCGUCAUGUUGGUGGUCGUCUUCAAAUUGAAAGGGAACUUGCACUGGAGAAAGCAAGCGGACGAACGCAGAGUUUUCACUGUGGAUUACGAACGUUGUAAGAACUCAUUACAAAAUAUAUUCAAGGUUUCGUGGACAUGGACUUGCUAAAACAGUUUUUGCCGGGAUCAACAAAGGCUGAUCAUAGUAGCUCAGAAAAGCAGUUUGAAGAACUGAAACAAGAGAAUUAUGAACUUAAGAAGGAAAUUGAAAGUUUAGAAAAGGAGAAUGCAGCACUGAAACAAGAACACGAUCAACUGGUAGAACUGAAACAAGUUCAUGAUCAAUUUCUAAAGAAAUUUAGUCCCGGUGGUUUUUGCAACACUUGUUUCAGAGAGAAGAUGGUUUUGCUUGGGUUCAGUCCUUUAUUAAUUGCUUCACUGAUCGUCAACUUUGUGUCUUCAAGAAGCUUGAUCAAAAAUGUUUCCAUGAAGAGUAUUGUGUGUGUUUCAGUCAUCAGCAACUACAUGUGCUGUUGUGAACCCAGAAUAGAUCAUGCUGAAAUUCUAAAGAAGUUAAAUGUAGUGGGAUAUGUUACAAAUGGAGUAUGGCAACAGAUUUGUAAAGCCAAAACUGAAGUGACCCUGAAUCCUGACACAGCCGGCCCAGGACUUGCAGUCAAUGUAGAUGACUCACUGGUGAAAUUCACAGGGGAGAGAGAAGCAGAGUGGCCCAGUGUGCUGGGCAGGGAGGUGUUCACCUCAGGGAGACACUACUGGGAGGUGGAGGUGGGAGAGAAGGGCUACUGGGCUGUGGGAGUCUCCACACACCCUGGAGAGAAGAUCAUACCUGAGAAACCAGAGGAGGGCUACUGGCUUGUGAGACUGUCAGCUAGAGGGAGGAAGUAUGAAGCAGUGGGCAAGAGCCUGGUCACUCACCCUCCUCCAUCCCUACAAGAGAGCCAGUCCCCUCUCCCUCUCACACUGGAACACAAGCUAUAUAAAGUGGGGAUGUAUCUGAACUAUUGGAAAGGGGAAUUGUCAUUUUACAACCUCUAUGAUGCUGACAAUAGAUAUGCAAUGCAUACUUUUAAAUACAACUUCACUGAGGUGGUUUACCCCGUCUUCAGCCCAGGCUGUCACGAUAAAGCACCUUUGAAAAUCACCAGGUUUGAUUCAACAUGAAACUCUCCAUUCAGAAUUACAAUUUAGCAUUGCUAUAUCUACAGCAUUGCUUUAUCUACAGCAUCACAAUAGAGCAUUGCUAUAUGUACAGCAUCAUAAUACUGCAUUGCUAUAUCUACAACAUUGCUUUAUCUACACGUUAAGUUUGAAAAGCUGACGCCUCGCUAAGUGGUAGGCGUUUCAGGCAGUUGGAUAUAAACAAGUGCAGAGGCUGAUACAUGAUUUUUUCCAGUGUUUCUUUCUUUUUUUGACAACACGUACAGUAUGUGAUAAGUUAACCCUAUAUUAUUCGUGUGUGUGUGUGUGUAUAUAAUUUGUAAAGCUUAUGAGGCAAUUUUGUAGUUACAAUUAUGAACUCUGGGUAAUGUAUCCUUGUCAUUUUCAAAAGCGCUCUGUGCAUGCAUCAUUCAAUUAGAGCUAACAUCUGUCUGUACCUCGAGGACUAUAUAAAGAAGGAUAGGACAGUGAUGUCACAAGUGGGCGGAGUUAGUAAACAAUGGAGCCAUUUCUGGAGCCCGUAAGAGCGCGUUAGUUACUCGCAAUGCUUUUAACCUAUACGCAUUGCGUGCCCUGGCUAAAUGAUUCUUGACAUAUUGCAGGUUUAAAACUGAACCAGUAGACAGACAGUCACUUUAUAUCAACAAUAUGUUUCAUUGUUAAUAAAAAUAAUAGUGGGAUAUAUCAUCCUGGCGCUGCAGCACAGCAUCGCCAACCAACUGCAGUGCAUACAGAACUGAGUGGGAUCCCCAAAAGACACCUGUGACACAGUACUGAACUGCAUCAUGGGAGUGACUGUCCUAUUCUAUAUAUAAAGCAGCACAGCAAGUGUGCAGACACGAAGAAGAAAAACGUAUGGUUUCAAUACUGUAUUUUAGAAUUGAAUUAUUAUUUGUACAAGUACUGUUUAAAUACUCUAUAUGCAAAUGCAUGUAAUACAAACACACAUUAAUAAUAUAUAUGCAGUAUAUGAAUAAAAAUUGAGGUCACUUCUACGUUGGGUAAAUUAACGACCCUGUUGUAUGAAAUAUUUUUUUGCAUGUAUUUUCAUUCUGUGGUAAGAAAUAAAUAAAUAAAUGAAAACACUAUUUGAAAGGCUCUCACAAGCGCGCGUGUUUCUGUGAAGUCUAAAGCACUGUUCACACGGGACUUAAUCACCAGAUUGCCAGCGGUUCUGGAAUUGUUCUUCAUGUCAUCAGUGAAAUGUAGUCCCAUGUAAAUUGUCCACUUCGUUUUACCCCAGAUGUUUUUCCAGCGGUCCUCCACUUGUUUUACGGGGC